CUAAGAUCAUGUUUAACCUAAUCUAUAUUGACAUAUUGCUAAGAAUCAGUUGGCCCGUUGGAAAAUACAUGUUUAUAGUUUACUCUUUCAAACAACUUGGGAAGUUGAUGAAAUCACGUGAUAUAGUUGAGAGAGAUUCUUCUGAGUAAAAGAUGUGUAGCACAGAAUAAUAAAUCCACAGCCAAAAUGCACCUACUCAUUUCUUCUCAAUUCAGAGGAAGAACAGACCCAGGGUGAAUUUUAGCUGCAUUACCUACUGCUUUGAGAACAACACCUAUGAGCUCCACUUCUAGCACAGUGGUAAUGAGACCUCCUUGCAAAGGCAGUUCUGAGAAUCCAGUGAGGCAGGGCAUGUGUGGGUCCUAUGUAAAUGUUACUAAUUCUGCUCAAGAUGUGUGUGCUUUGAAGCACUGAGCUCAGGGACAUACCAGCUCACACCUGUAGCCACCCAAGCCUGUGUUUCUGACGUGUAGCUGGGUCUUCCAAGUAAUGCUGCAGGUGUUCUGAGUAGUGCUUUCCUUCUCAACUUGCUUGAAACCAGGAGACUCUUGUGCCUAGGAGGGAGCCUAAACCACCUUGCAGGCAGACUUUUUUAAGUCUUUGCAUCCCCUUGCUACAUUUUUGCCAUGGGAAAUGACACUCUGGCUCCUUGAAAAUGGCUAAUAACUGUCCGUGGGUAAAUGCCAAUCAAGCCAGCCAGUUGGCUCUGAAGACAUUUUCCUUGAAAGCCACGGCCCAGGUUUUGCAGAGGCCGGGAGAUGAGUGUGAGUGCCAGAGACCUCCUUCACAGAAAAGCCUGUUGCAUGUGCUACCCUGGAAGUGAAGACAGAGACAGGGAUGCCGCUGUGAAGGCUGCUAUUACAGAGAGACAGUCUCUUAGGUAACCAGAUGGCUUGUUGUCAUUUUUCUUUUUUUGUUUGCAGAAAAUCCAGCUGUAAUAAUGGCCAAGAUUCCUCACACAGAGAAAUCGUGUGGCAGACAUUUUUAAUCACCAAAGUAAGGUCUUUCUCUUUUAAGAUGAAGAAAGAUAAGCAGCAUCGUUUUGGGAUAUGAGUUUAUCAUCUCUUUCUCCACACCCAUUAGUCCUCAGGAAAGCUAUCUUUUGUCACUUAAUUUGGAGCCUCUAAAAUGGCUUUCACACUUUGCUGUGUUGGUCCACAGACUGUGGUACUUAGGGAGUGGAGACUUGCAAAAUUAACCUCCAGUAUUCUUCCAAAAUCAGUUUUAUUUUUUGUGGAGUCAUUUGUGCCUACCUGGGAGCAUUUUUUUCUCUUUUUAUGAGGUUGUUAUUUUAAUAUUUUUUUCUGCCUAACGGUGGCAAGGAAGAAACACUUUCCAUGAAAUACAGAAGGGGCAGGAGAAUAGCUGAGCUGUGAGAAAGUACGAUAUGAUGCUUUGGUCUUGUGAUUGUUAGGUUAUAUACUUGUCAGGAAUGGAUGCAAUCUUAGGAUGUUGUAUUAUCCAAACUAUGAACUUUGGGAUCCAGGCAGCUUAAUUUAAGCAUGUUUCCUUUGCUUUGUCUCAAGAAUUUCAUUUUUCUUUAGAGGUUUAGGCUCUUGUAUUUAUGAGUAACAGAAAUGAAGGCAGGGAUACCAAAAGGUAUUUUAAAAUAGAAUUGUAUCCAAAACAUGGUAAUUAUUGACUUUUUUUUUUUUAAUGAGAGAAUUGAGAGAAGUUUUGAGUUCAGUGCCCUCCUUCCUUCCUCCCUCCCUCCCACCAGGUACUUUGUGGGAAAGCAAUGGCAGUGCUUUGGGAAGAAGCAUUAGGUUGGUGAAAAGAAAUGAAGAGUGGACAGGUCCAGGGUAAGCAAGGGACUGAGAGAAGGCAAAUGAUGGCAGCAGAGGCAGACCUGGACCCUAAAAGCAUGCUAAGAUCCCUCAGGAGGUUUUUAGUAAUAAGCCCGCAUGCCACUGUGCGAACCUGAAGGACGGGAGUGCAUCUGCCCCUGCCCAGCCCCUACCGGCACACUUGAACUGUCCUUGCCCUUCACCUGCGUGCCCUACAGCUCCAGAGUCUGUGCUGCUGAGUGAGGUGGUGGGGAAGGGCGAGUGAGACAUAGCUCAUCAGCAGACAAGACAAAAGCACUCACUUUCUCCCUCACUCUCCGCUCAAGUGUCUGGGGUCUCAUUGCCAAGCUUCUUAAUCACCUCUUAAUACAUGCUCUGUUUCUUGGCUUGUCAGGAGGCUCGUGGCAGCAUGCUAUUGACAGGUGAGUGCGAACUAAGUGCCAAAGCAGAAGGAGAUGGAAAGUGAGAGAAUUUCAAGUCUCACUAAGAGUGGAGUCCAUGCAUGUUUUGUUUUGUGUGGUGUGGUUUUUGUUUGUUUGUUUGCCUUCCUCUUAAAAGGGCCCAGUUGGAAGAGAAUUCAGGGAACAAACAUUAGUCAGCAGAUUAGGUUCUGAACUGGAUAGACUCUGUACCUUGGCAUAUGAGUGGCUAUCCUAGAACCUUUUGAACUUUUGCCACCGAGUAAUUCUGAAAAGGCGGACAGAGCCAGUGGUAGAUAAUGGGAACGAGCACGGUGUCCUCUGCUCAAGUAAUCAAGGUACAUAUUAUUCAGGUGGGUAAGGAGCCUAGCUAGUUCAACAGAGUGAUAGCAUGGAAUCGCAGGCUCGUUUGGAGACGAAGGAAUGGAUCACAGAUGGUCCAUGGGCUUGAUUUUUCUCUGAGAAUUCACUAUUGUUUUGAGAAUAAGCAGAGCGUAGAGGAAAUGGCCCAGAUUUUACACUUAGGAAAGAACUCUUAUUCAAUUCUCCAUUUGACCACUUUCUAGCUAAGACAUCAGGACAGUUACUUAACUUCUCUGACCCUGCUUCCUCAAUUGGGAAUAUGAGAAUAGGACUUUUGCAGAUCUGUUGGGAAAUAUUAAAGACUAAAGGGAGAUUAAAAUGAGAUGCUAACGCUUAGCAGGAGCUUAAUGUCCAUCAGUUUCUUUCUUUCAGUCAAAAUUUAAGUUUUUAUGUAGAAUAAUCAUCCUUUAUAUUCUGUUCUCCAUGUUGAGUUUUGAAACAGGAAUAACUUUUAUUUAAGCUAUCACCUUGAUGAUAAAAGGAGCUGUUUAUCAGAGACAGUGCUGUAGGUGCCUUGCAACCUGAUAGAUUCGUGUGCAAGGGCACGCAGGGUACCAGUGAAUCUGUCCACACCUGGAAGCCCAGAAACUGGGCACUGAACGCAUAAGCGGACUCCUGGAGCUGGUACACUCUGCCUGUGGCAGAUUCUUAAACCACCUGUUUACUAUCUUUUAAACACUACCCCGAAGUUCACCCAAGUCAGAGGGUGACAAAAUAGACAAACGCAGAACUUUGGAACUGCUCUGUGAUUCAUACGCCCAGAGAAAUACUUAAUUGUUUUCUGGAAGAAUGCACUAUAUGAUGAUCUUUUGUGUGGAAUUGGUUUAUGUAAAUAUUAGGGCUCUGUGCCGGUAAGGAUCCCAGUAGACAGCCUAGGAGCCCGGAAUACUUUUUUAUCUUUUAUUUUUUUUGGCAGUUCGUGGCUGCUGCAUGAACGCUCUCCCUUUUGAGUCAGCCAGGCGCAAGAGAAGUAAUUUCCCAUCCAGAAGCUCUUUCGGCAGCUGAGCUGUAGUGGAUAUACUGGGAUGUGGCUAAGUUUAAAAUUGAAGUGCAGGGCUGUCUGUAACGUGCCGCCGGGUCCCAGGAUGGAAGAGUGAAGUCGCGCCGGUUCCAGCUCGCGGAGCCCGCCGGAAGCCAGUCCCCGGAGAGGAGAGCGCCCUGAGGGAGCAGGGUGGCCGCCUGGUCCAGGAAUGUUUACCCUUGCGGAAGUUGCUUCACUUAAUGACAUUCAACCAACUUACCGAAUCCUGAAACCAUGGUGGGACGUGUUUAUGGAUUACCUGGCUGUCGUUAUGUUGAUGGUAGCCAUCUUUGCAGGAACCAUGCAACUUACCAAAGAUCAGGUGGUCUGCUUGCCAGUAUUGCCAUCUCCUGUAAAUUCAAAGGCACACACACCGCCAGGAAUUGCAGACGUUACCACCAACAUCCCGAAGAUGGAGUCAGCCACAGACCAAGACCAAGAUGGGCGGAUGACGAAUGAGAUUUCCUUUGGCGCAUCUGCUGUGACACCUGACAUACCUCUCAGAGCCACAUAUCCUCACACAGAUUCCACGGUUCCAAAUCAGGAGGCAAAGAAAGACCCAACAGGCCGAAAAACAAACUUGGAUUUUCAGCAAUAUGUAUUUAUUAAUCAGAUGUGUUACCACCUGGCCCUUCCGUGGUAUUCUAAGUACUUUCCGUACCUUGCUCUUAUACAUACUAUUAUUCUCAUGGUCAGUAGCAACUUUUGGUUCAAAUAUCCCAAAACAUGCUCAAAAGUAGAACAUUUCGUUUCAAUAUUAGGAAAGUGCUUUGAAUCUCCUUGGACUACUAAAGCGUUGUCUGAGACAGCAUGCGAAGACUCGGAGGAAAACAAGCAGAGAAUAACAGGUGCCCAGACUCUACCAAAGCACGUAUCUACCAGCAGUGAUGAAGGGAGCCCCAGCGCCAGCACCCCAAUGAUCAGCAAAACUGGCCUCAAAUUCUCAGCUGAAAAGCCCGUGAUUGAAGUCCCCAGCAUGACCAUCCUGGACAAAAAGGACGGGGAACAGGCCAAAGCCCUGUUUGAGAAAGUGAGGAAGUUCCGUGCUCACGUGGAAGACAGUGACUUGAUCUAUAAACUCUACGUGGUCCAAACAGUUAUCAAAACAGCCAAGUUCAUCUUUAUCCUCUGCUACACUGCAAACUUCGUCAAUGCGAUCAGCUUUGAACACGUCUGCAAGCCCAAAGUCGAGCACCUGACGGGUUACGAGGUGUUUGAGUGCACCCACAACAUGGCGUACAUGCUGAAAAAACUGCUCAUCAGUUACAUAUCCAUUAUUUGCGUUUAUGGUUUCAUCUGCCUCUACACUCUCUUCUGGUUAUUCAGGAUACCUCUGAAGGAAUAUUCUUUUGAAAAAGUCAGAGAAGAGAGCAGUUUCAGUGACAUUCCAGAUGUCAAAAAUGAUUUUGCGUUCCUGCUACACAUGGUAGACCAGUAUGACCAGCUGUAUUCCAAGCGUUUCGGGGUGUUCUUGUCAGAAGUCAGUGAAAAUAAACUGAGGGAAAUCAGUUUGAACCACGAGUGGACAUUUGAAAAACUGAGGCAGCACGUGUCACGCAACGCGCAGGACAAGCAGGAGCUCCAUCUGUUUAUGCUCUCAGGUGUGCCCGAUGCUGUCUUCGACCUCACAGACCUGGAUGUGCUAAAACUCGAGCUGAUUCCAGAAGCUAAAAUUCCUGCUAAGAUUUCUCAGAUGACUAAUCUCCAAGAGCUUCACCUCUGCCACUGCCCUGCAAAAGUGGAACAGACUGCUUUUAGCUUUCUCCGUGAUCACUUGAGAUGCCUUCAUGUGAAGUUCACCGACGUGGCAGAAAUUCCCGCCUGGGUGUAUCUGCUCAAAAACCUUCGCGAGCUGUACUUGAUAGGCAACUUGAACUCUGAAAACAAUAAGAUGAUAGGACUUGAAUCUCUCCGAGAGUUGCGGCACCUUAAGAUUCUCCACGUGAAGAGCAAUCUGACCAAAGUCCCCUCCAACAUUACAGAUGUGGCUCCACAUCUCACCAGGUUAGUCGUUCAUAAUGACGGCACUAAACUCUUGGUACUAAACAGCCUUAAGAAGAUGAUGAAUGUCGCCGAGCUCGAACUCCAGAACUGUGAGCUAGAGAGAAUUCCACAUGCUAUUUUCAGCCUCUCUAAUUUGCAGGAACUAGAUUUAAAGUCAAAUAACAUACGCACAAUUGAAGAAAUCAUCAGUUUCCAGCAUUUAAAACGACUGACUUGUUUGAAAUUGUGGCAUAAUAAAAUCGUUACCAUUCCACCCUCCAUCACCCACGUCAAAAACUUGGAGUCACUUUAUUUCUCUAACAACAAGCUCGAAUCCCUACCUGUGGCAGUGUUUAGUUUACAGAAACUCAGAUGCUUAGAUGUAAGCUACAACAACAUUUCCAUGAUCCCAAUAGAAAUAGGAUUACUUCAGAACCUGCAGCAUUUGCAUAUCACGGGGAACAAAGUGGACGUUCUACCAAAACAGUUGUUUAAAUGCAUUAAGUUGAGGACUUUGAAUCUGGGGCAGAACUGCAUCACUUCCCUCCCAGAGAAGAUCGGUCAGCUCUCCCAGCUCACCCAGCUGGAGCUGAAAGGGAACUGCUUGGACCGCCUGCCAGCCCAGCUGGGCCAGUGUCGCCUGCUCAAGAAAAGCGGGCUUGUUGUGGAAGAUCACCUUUUUGACACCCUGCCACUCGAAGUCAAAGAAGCAUUGAAUCAAGACAUAAAUAUUCCCUUUGCAAAUGGGAUUUAAACUGAGAUCAGAUGUGCACAUCCGUGUGCAGGAACAACUUCCUAGAUUGCAAGCGCUCCUGUACCAGUUAUUGCAAGAUAAUGCAUUUUAGGAGUAGAUACACCUUUAAAAAUACAACAGAGAGGAUGCAUAGAAGGCUGAUAGAAGACAUAACUGAAUGUUCAACGUUUGUAGUGUGUUAAGUCAUUCACUUCCAAAUCUUUUUCUUUUUUCUUUUGGGGAAAGGGAAGGAAAAAUUAUAAUCACUAAUCUUGGUUUCUUUUUAAAUUGUUUGUAACUUGGAUGCUGCCGCUACUGAAUGUUUACAAAUUGCUUGCCUGCUAAAGUUAAUGAUUAAAUUGACAUUUUCUUACUAUA